AUGAUGGCGAUAGUGCGCCGUGUUGUGUGUGUGUUGGCCGCUGCUCUGUGCUGCGUUUUAUUCUGCGUGACGGCUGAUGCUGCUGUUGAUAGGGCUGCGGUGGAGGAGCGUGUGGCUGUGUUGUCCGAUGCUGCGACGAACACGCAACAAGUGUUGAAGGAAGCCGGGCAGGCUUCUGCUCAAUAUGACGCCGCUGCUGCUGAAUCUAUGGCUGUGGAGGGGAGUGCCGAAAAGGCAAAGCCGCACAUCGAUAAAAUGGUGGCCGAGACAGCGAGUGCAUUGAGUGAUGCUGUUAAAGCGUUCGAAGAGAUUUCAAAGUUUCCUGAUGUGACAUCUGGUAGCGUUCCGAAAACGUCGUUGAGUGCGUGUAAUCUCCUGACUGCUUCCACGAGUGCGCAAUCUGCGGCGGAUAAUGCCAACAAGGCUGCGGGAAAUGCAAUGAGUGCUGAGGUGCUACUCAGGGUGGUGGAGAGAGAUGCGAAGGAAGCUCUGGCAAAGGCAACCAAAGCACAGGAACUGUCUGAGGCAGCAGUGCAGAGCGCCAAGGGUGCAGCAGAGAGAGUAAAGGCGGCAAUUGCAAUACCUAAUGACGUCGUGCAGAAACUCUCCGCGGUCGCAGAGAAAGCUGGGGAGGCAAACAAGAACGCAGCGGAUGUUGCUUCGAGUGCUUCCGAGGCGGUGAAUAAGAUUGCGCAGGCACUGAGGGACAUCAAGACCGCGAAUGCAAGCGCGAGUUCGGCGGCAGCGAGUGCUAAGCACGCAAAAGAUAACGCCAUGGAGGUGCAGACGGAGUUAAAGCCGGCUGAGGCCGAAAAUGAAGUGGUAACAGUAAGCACAGAGAUAAAGGAUCUUGCUGCGAGGGCAAAAGCAAACGCUACAGAUGCAAAGACGAAAGCCCAGUCGGCAGCAACGAGUGCAAAAGAUGCCUUGCAGAGUAUUGAUGCUGCACUAAAGGCUACUGCAAAUGUGAAGAAACUUGCAGACGAAGUAUCGGACUCCACUGACAAGGCAAAGGAUUUGGCCACGGAAGCCAAAGAAGUUAUUGAUGCUGCGCUCAAAAAAGCACAGAAAGAGUUGAAAUCAUCCACUGAUGAUGUUGAGGGGAAUGAGAAGGUGUCUUCGAGCUCACAACGACAAACUGGGGCUGCUACUCAGAAGGAAAACAGAAUCUCUCCUUCUGUUGUGCCACACACCACGACUAGAGCGGCUUCUCUUCCCACACAGAGCGGUGCGGCUAAGAAGCCUGAGGCUGCUGCUGCUGUUGCUGGGACACACCUAAUGGGAGAGAGUGCUGCAAAGUCGCCCGAAGUGAAUGCGUCGCCCGCAGUCGAUAAGUCUGAUGCUGCAGGAGAAGCAGAGGUUGUGGCUGAAGCAAGCAAUGCAGCCACGGACACUCAUAACAAUCGUGUUGAAGAGCGUUCACCAGCAGAAGAGAAGGCAACUGCUGCGUUGCUAACUGUUAAGAAAAGCGAUGGGCCCGCAGGCAAAUAUGACAUUGGAAUGACGGACAGCAGCAGCACCAAUCCUGCGUGGGUGCGUGCGCCGCUGCUGCUGCUGUUUGUCUGUGUGGCUCUCUGGUAA